AUGGCACCAACAACAUUAUCUCCCCUCGUAAUCACUCUCUUCAUCCUUUUCUCCAUCUCACUCAACUCCCACUGCUUCAAAAUCACGACUCAACUCAUCCACCGUGACUCCUACUUCUCUCCGCUCUUCAACGCCACCGAGACCACCGCCGAUCGUGCUGCAAGGAUCAUCGAAGCUACCCUCGCCCGCUAUGGUCACCACCUGAACGAGGACGACAAGCCACUGGCUGUCGACAUCAAGGCCCCGGGGAUCUGGGGAAUCAAGCAUAACAUAUUCUACGUCAACUUCUCCAUCGGCGACCCACCGGUACCUCAGCUAGCUCUGAUGGACACCGGCAGCGACUUGUUGUGGGUGGAUUGCCCGCCGUGCAGUCCCUGCUCCACCAGUUCCGGAGCCACCUAUUUUUACUCCUUCAAUUCCAAGACCUACUCUCCGUUCCCUUGUACCGAUGACUGCGAAAAAUGCACAAGACGAAAAGGGGGUUGGCCAUGGUCGCCGAAGCACUGCAUGUAUAGAAUAGACUACAUGGACGGCCACAGUUCAGAAGGAAUCUACGCCACCGAACAACUAACCUUUCGGACCUCCAACAAUGGAUUCGUGACCACCAUCCCGAAAGUCUUCUUCGGGUGUUCUAGUAAGCAGACCGGACCAGGAGGUCUCGAACCGCACGUCAACGGAAUUCUAGGACUAAUGGCUGGAGCCGGCGAUGAAGAUUUUCCCGAUGGCCAGUUCCCUUUGGUUACCCGAUUGGGUACUAGCUUCUCGUAUUGCGUCGGCAGCCUGUCCGAUCGUUACUACCCUCACAACCACUUAUCCUUCGGCCUCGCUGUCGACUUGAUCGGUGGAUCGACUCCCUUGUACCUCCAAGACGGCAGUUACUUUGUCCACCUCUCCGGCAUCAGCUUCGGUGGCAAGAUGUUGGACAUAAAAAAGGAAGUGUUCACAGAGAUGGCGUUGAGGAAGAAGAUUGAGAUGGACAGCGGAUCAGAGCUGUUUCUCCUGUACACCGAAGCUUUCGACGCGGUGAAAGCAAAGGUUGAGAUUAUGGCUUUCUGGGAGCUAACCCGGGUCUCUCCGCCGAGCCCUUUGGAGCUAUGUUACAAAGGAACUGUAGACAGAGAAGGUCGAGGGUUUCCGGUGAUGGGGAUCCACUUCGUCGGUGGGGUGGAGUUGGUCGUGAAUCGUUUUGGGAUGUUCUGGCAGGUUACGGAUGAUGUUUUCUGCCUGGCUGUUGUUAGGUCAAAGGAUGUGAGUGUUAUUGGGAUGAUGGCUCAACAGGGUUACAAUGUUGGGUAUGAUCUGAAAGCAAUGACAGUGAGUUUCCAAAAAAUGGAUUGCCAACUUUUGGAAGGAUGA